AUGAGUGAGAAGCAAACGGGAUACUCGCCGGAGUGCGGCAUCCCGAUGGAGUCGCCCACCUAUGGCUCGAACGCCGAUGUUAAGGAAGAACCUAGCAAUCAAAACUUCUUGGAUAAACUCGAGCAGCCAGUGCACAUCCAGAAAGUGGUUCAAGAAGCAAUUCUUCUUGCUGGUGGUGCCGCUGCAAUUUUACUACAAGUUGCAGAGCCAGGUGUUGGAAAGGGUGUCGACGAACAUAGCAACUUUGCGUACAGGCCUAUGGAUCGGCUGCGGACGACGAUGACUUAUGUAUAUUGUAUGGCUUUUGGAUCUCGACACGAAAAAGAGGCUGUUAUUGAGACGGUCCAUCGAGCCCACGCCGUCGUGAAAGGGCCGGAUUACUCGGCAAAUGACCCCAAUCUUCAACUCUGGGUAGCCGCUACUCUUUAUGCGGUCGGCAUCGAAUUAUACCAACAAAUGUUUGGUCAAAUGACAAAGGAUGAUGCUGAGGUUAUCUAUCGAGAGUACUCUGUCUUAGCUGUAUCACUUCGCGUCAAACCGGGCAUGUGGCCGGUGUCCAGGAGAGCAUUCUGGGAGUAUUGGGACCACCAGGUUGAGACAAUGCAUAUCACCGAGAAUGCACAAAGAGUGGCCAAGGAUCUUCUCUGGAAUAAAGAGCUGCCGCUCCAUCUUCGGGCCCUUCUUCCGCUGGUCCGCCUGACCACAGCUGAGAUACUACCUAAGCGGAUCCGAGACGCGUACGGAUUGAAGUCUACAAAAAUUCGACGCGGUGCAUACCGUGUGAUUCUCGGCUUUACCAAGGCGACUUAUCCUUGUCUACCAAAGAUAAUUCGGACUUAUCCGAUGCGCUAUUAUUUGAAGGAUAUGCGACGGCGACUCGAGAAUAUAGCCUAA